AUGGAUGAGAUUGGGGAGUUUCUUAGUAAUUUGCAGUUUCAGUGUAGACAUGUGUACAGGGAGGCUAAUGGUGUAGCUGAUUUUUUGGCUUCUUUGGCAGUUAAGUCUGGUUUGUUUGAGGGUGUUUUACCAUCUUAUGAAUGCUUUUGUAGCAACAUAAAACUCAGGCUUACUAUAAGAAGGAGGAGGUUUGUGUUAAAUGGUCAGCAGCUGCUGGUAGGACCUAAUCUGUGGAGGGGUUUUGGAGUGCUGGUUUCUGGAUUCCAAUAUUGCCAGUCUGUUUCUGCAUCAGAAGUUGCAUCAAGGUAUGGUGUACAGAAGGAGGGUGCUGGUAUGCUGAUGAGCUGGACUGCAGCAGCUGUACAGGAAUUGUUUUAA